CUUUUCCAUUCAAGAAUGUGGGCGUUGUCAACAUGUACAAACAUGACAUUAUUUAUUCUAUAAAACUCAUAAGAUUUGCAAACGAAAGCAUAAUUGACGAUCCUGUGAAGCAGACAACACUAGCUCACGAAUAUAGAGAUGGCACCACAUAAAAAGGAAAAGUGUAAAUACUGGGAGAAAUGUUUCAGAAAAGAUCCUGCCCACAAAAGAGAUUUCCUCCAUCCUGGUGAUAAAGAGGAAACAAAAAGUACUGAUGUAGAAAUGAAAGAUGUGACAGUUAGCAAACCAACAUUAAAGAGAAGUGACACAGAUAUAUUAAUGGAUGAUGAUACAAAAGAGACAAAACCUAAAUUAAAGAGAAAUAGAACACAUGCUAUCAGUGAUGAUGAAGAUGAUGAUGAACCAUCACCACCGCCAGUGAAAAAAUUACGAUCAAAGACUGUUUCUGUUACAAAGAAAACAGGAAGUGGUGAUUCAAAGAAAGACGCAGAUGAUGAUGAUGCUGUGGCUUCAGGUUCAAAGAAAGACACCGAUGAUGAUGAUGCUGUGGCGUCAGGUUCAAGUGAAGAUGUUUAUAUUCCAAAAUGUCAGUAUUGGGAUGAAUGUUACAGAAAAGAUCCAAAUCAUCGCAAACAGUACAGACAUCCUGGCGAUGGUAGAAAAAGUUCCCGUCCUAAACCUGCUAAGAAAUUGGAGGAAGGAGUUCAAGUUAAUUUAACUGGUGGUUAUCGACUGAAAAGACUUGGAAGUGAUUUCACAUGCACGUGUAUUGGAUGGAAAAUACAGAAAAAUGCUACAAAUAAGAGAACAUGCAAACAUUUACGAGAAUAUCUUGGUGAUAACUUUGAAAAGGCCAGAAUUGGACAACUUCCUGUGGAAAAAAGAAAACCUGUUGAACCAAGUCAACGUUUCCAACAUAUAACCAUUAGUCUUCUGCUGGCUCAUAAAUAUGAGGCAAAAAAUUGUAGUAAUCCAGUCGGAUGGUGGAUUAGUGAAAAGUUGGAUGGAGUCAGAGCAUUUUGGAAUGGAAAAUGUUUCUAUUCAAGACUUGGAAACCCAUUUUAUGCACCAAAAUGGUUUACAAAGGAUCUGCCAAAAGACAUACAUUUAGAUGGUGAAUUAUUUGGAGGACGAAAGAAAUUUCAGCAAACAAUAAAAGUUGUGAAGAAUGCUGAGUGUGCUGACUGGAAUAAGAUCAAAUACUGUGUUUUUGAUUCACCAAAUAUGGGGAAAGAUACUUUUGAAAAGAGAACAAAGACAGUGAAAGAUUGGUUUGAUGCAAAUAAGCCUCAGUAUGCUGAAUUUUGUGAUCAGUAUAAAUGUACCAGUAAACAACAGUUAGAGGAUGAUCUGAAGAAGAUGAUAAAACUGGGAGGAGAAGGUCUGAUGAUAAGAGAGCCAGGAUCUGUGUAUGAGAGAUGUAGAUCUAAAACAUUACUCAAACUCAAGAAAUUUUAUGAUGCAGAGGCAGUUGUCAUUGGUUAUGACCCAGGAAAAGGUCGUUUCACAGGAGCAGUUGGAGCUUUAAAAUGUAGGAUGGAAUGUGGGAAAGAAUUCAAAGUUGGAUCUGGUAUGACAGACAAAGACCAUAGAAGACCACCUAAAAUUGGGUCCAUCAUUACAUACAAAUUCCAGGAAUAUACAAACUCAGGCAGUCCUAGAUUUCCUACAUAUUUAGGUGUUAGAAUUGAUGCUACAGAACCAAAAGAUGCAGAGCUCCCUGAACUUCCAGAUGAUAUUUAAUGACAUCUGAAGUGUAAACAUCAAGGCAGCAUUUGACUAUUUACAGGGUUAUCUCCCAUGACAAUUAGAUUAACAAGAUGUAGGAUGUAGAGUAUGGGACAGAUGGCUUAGAAUGUUACUAAUAUUUAUAUAAUGUACUGGUAUGUGUUGUAUGUGUGGUAGAAAAUGAAAUUGUAAGAUUGUGUGAUUUAGAAAGAUAAUGGUAGAAAUUGAAAUGUGAUUUAGCAAUAUUGUUGUGUUAUUUAUGAAGAAUGGUUAUUUCAGUGUAGUAGAUGAAGAUUUACUUAUACUGGAUGUCACCAUUAGUUUAAAAAAGUUGUUAGUUGAUGGGUGAUUAUUGUUGACAAUCUGUUUAUGCAUAUUUUAUUUUUUGUACUGUUCAAUGUUUUUCAUAUAUUUUGUCUUACAUUAAAAUCAAAUAACUUUUUUAAUACUAGACAUAUUGUCAUUUUUAUUGUGCCAUGAGGUACUACGUAAUUAUUUAGAGUGCCAUAUUUCAAUAUGAUAAAUAUGUAUCAUGUUUCAAACAUUCUAAUCCUGAUUUAGAAUAAGUGAAGACUAAAAAGAGAGAUACAUAACUCAGACAGUGCCAAUAUACUAUUUUAUUUUAUAUAGAAAAUGUAUCAGAAAAUCUCGAUCUCAUUAUCAUAAACAAACACUAAAAGAAAUGAAAUAGUAUACUUUGUGUACCACUUAGACUGACUUAGUCAUAGUAUUUGUAGUUGUACAAUUUUUACUAAAAAAAGAAAAGAAAAAUGAGUUAAUAAAUAUAUAUAUAUAUAUAUAUAUAUAGUCAAGUGGAUUCAGUCACUUAAUAUCAUUUACAAUCUUAUGGAACCAUCAAUGAAAUCCAGAUUUGUUUAGUACCUUUUAUUUAUACUAUAUAUAUGUGACAUUCAUUCUACUUUGAAUACACUAAAAAAUACAUAAUGAGAAGAUUUUCUUUCUAUAUAUGUGAUAUAGAUUAUAAUUGUUUUGUUUUUCUACCUAUUUUAUAUUAUUUUGAAUGUUUAUGUUUACAACAAUAUCAUUGUGCAAUGUUUUAACCUAC